AUGAAUGUAACAUUAGGUGUUCCACGUCUUCGUCAAUUACUUAUGGUUGCUUCUCAAAAGGUAAAAACACCAACAAUGGAAGUACCUAUUUUACAUAGUUCAUCAGCAUUACGUAAAGCAAAACGUUUACAACGUCGUUGGUCUCGUCUUUUAUUUUCUCAAGUACUAAAAAAUUUAAAUAUACAUGAAAAACUUUCAUUAAAAUUAAAUGAUCAUAAACGUACAUAUAAAAUUGAAUUUUAUUUUGAUGAAAAAUAUGGAAAAAAACAAUUAAAUGAAAUAAUAUGUUCAUUUGAAACAUAUUUUAUUUCACGUUUAUGUCAUUCAAUAAAUAAAAAAUGUAAAGAAUUAACAACAAGUGCUCUUUUAAGAUCAGCCCAUAUUCGUGAUAAGAUAAUAAUUAAUGAUUCAAAUGAUAAAGAUGAAUAA